AUGAAGCCAGCCUGGGGCCGCCUGCUCCUCCCGCUGCUGCUGGCCGCGGUGCUGACGGGAACCCGCGCCAAUCCUGUGCCCAGGGCGACCAGGCUCCCACCAGAAGCAAAGGACUGCCACAUAGAACAGUUCAAGUCUCUGUCCCCUCGAGAGCUGAAGGCCUUCAAGGAGGCCAAGGACGCCAUAGAAGAGUGGCUGCUCGAGAAGGAUGUCAGGUGCAGCUCCCGCCUCUUCCCCAGGGCCUGGGACCUGAGGCAGCUGCAGGCCCAGGAGCGCCCCAAGGCCUUGCAGGCUGAGCUGGCCCUGACACUGCAGGUCCUGGAGAACAUGACUGACUCCUCCCUGGGCCGGAUCCUGGACCAGCCUCUUCACACCCUGAGCCACAUCCACUCAAAUCUGCAGGCCUGUACUCAGCCUGAGCCCCCAGCAGAGCCCAGGCCCCCAAGCCACCGCCUCUCCCGCUGGCUGCACAGACUCCAGCAGGCCCAGGAGAAGGAGAGCCCAGGCUGCCUGCAAGUCUCUGUCACUUCCCACCUCUUCCGCCUGCUCAUCCGGGACCUGAAGUGUGUGGCCAGCGGAGACCAGUGUGCCUGA